GAGAGAGAGACAGAGUAGGGAUGUGCAACAACCUCGAAGCUAGUCUAAACUAGUGGGAGGUUGGGUGCAAAGAAGCCAACAAAAGAAACAACAAAGGAAACAUCAAUGGCAAGAGGCAAGGUUCAGUUGAAGAGGAUCGAGAAUCCUGUCCACAGGCAGGUCACCUUCUGCAAGCGCCGAGCAGGGCUUCUCAAGAAAGCUAAGGAGUUAUCCGUUUUGUGUGAUGCUGAGAUUGGGAUUAUGAUCUUCUCUACCCAUGGCAAACUCUAUGACCUCGCUACCAAAGGAAGCAUGGAAGGACUGAUUGAGAGGUACAUGAAAUCAACCCGAGAGGCGCAAAUUGGAGAAGCUGAGGCAAAGCUUAACCAGGAGUUACAAGAGGAAAUAAUCAAUUUGAAGCAAGAGAUUCAGCUACUUCAGAAGGGUCUUGGGUAUAUAUAUGGAGGUAGAACUGAAGAUAUGACACUAGAUGAGUUUCAUGCUUUAGAGAAACAUCUUGAAAUUUGGAUGUAUCUUAUUCGUUCUGCAAAGAUGCAAAUAAUGUUUCAGGAGAUUCAAUUGUUGAAGAAUAAGGAGGGAAUACUGACUGCAGCAAACGAAUAUCUUCAAGGGAAGAUAGUAGAGCAGGCUGGGAUAGUUGAAAUGCCUCCAGCACUAACAGGAUAUUCAUAUCCACUAACCAUUCAAAAUGAGAUAUUCCAGGCUUUAGGUGCUUAGGCAAACCACUGAUGACAGAAACAUUUAAAGAUUGAAGUGAAGAAUUAUUGGUUACCUCUUUGGGGGGGGGGGGGGGGAGGUUGUAUUGUGCAAGUAAUAAACC